AUGCUGUUCAUCCUCUCCGCCAUCGAGCUCUGCCUCCUCGCUCUCAAGACCACCUUCGAGCAAGCCAGUAGCCGCCUCUCCGCGGAGCAUUCCACAACAACCGCCAUCCUCUCCACUCUCAUCUGGAUGUCCGCCCGUCUCGUGGUCUCGACCGCCCUCCUAGUCGCAAUCUCGGCCAUGAAAGACAUCGGCCAUCGCCACCCAGUGUCGCUAUGGUCUCGCAACACCAUCGCGCUCAAAGGUCUCGUGGAGCACUUCACGACCUACAAUCUCCUACUCAUGACUGCAGCCCUUAUCUCAAAGGCCAACGAUUCAUUAUUGGUGCACGGCUCUACCGCAGAGAUCAUUCUCGUCAACGCAUUCCUGAUGCUCGCCUUUGCUUUCGUGGCCAAGACUACCGAAUACAACGGCAGGUACUUCGUUGCAUGGGUUCGAGAGCUCAACGAACGAUUUGUGUUUUGUUUUAUGAUCCUGCGUAUGCAUUUCUAUCACCCGGAAGUCUGGCCGACGAAUUGA